UGCGCGCGUGAGGAGGAGACCAGUGCAUCACUCUACAAUAGGAUAUCACAGUUAAAUUAACAUAAAUUAAAAGACACCAGUCAUAAUUAGCAUAAAUUGAUACCAGUAACGUCACCAGUCACUUCAAGCUUUGUCUUUUAACUUUCCCACGUGCAAAAAAUCAAAACAACUUCCCCCUUUUUUAAGUACUUAAAAGAACAAUGUCUCUAAAGAGCGCGUUCUUACUUCUCUCUCUUUCUCUAAUAUCCWUYUUCUCUCUCUCCAAAACAGACGAUGUUUUUACCUCUAUUGAACAGCUCAAAGGUCUGUCGCGCUUGGAGACKUUUUUAACGGGAUUGUUAGAUUCAUAUGUUAAGAAUCACAAACGCGCACCGAAAAUUGUUCAGCAUUUCUCCAAACAAAUGAAGAAUAUCACUAGCGAGAGGAACAGUGUUGGACUUGAUGAGUUUAUCAAUCACCCUUCCAAUGUGUAUCUGUUGGUGAGACGAUUUUUGAAACAUUGGUCAGAGCUGUCGGAUUAUCUAGAACAAGGAAAGAAAAAUGAUCUACAAGCGAUAUUGAAAGAAAAUAAAGAGGUUUUUCCCAAGCCAUCGGACCUUCUCGGCUGCGCGACAGCGCUGCUACGCAUACAGGAAGUGUACCAUCUAUCAGCUAARGAUAUCGCAGAUGGACGUCUUACAAAKGACACYAAAGGGCCAAAAUUAGGCGCAGACGCGUGUUUUGAGCUCGGUUACAUCAUGCAUGGACAGAAGSAUUUUKWWCUUGCUCGUGAUUGGUUGAAAGAGACCCUUGUGCGCAUGAGCCCCGAGUAUGGCUACGUGGGCGCUUUGGAUAGACUGCGAGUACUGGAGUAYCUUGGUUGGGCUGAAUAUCAGCUUGGUAAUCUUGAAGAAUCCAUCAAACUCACAAUAGAAAUUUUGGAAAGAGAUCCAAAGAACAAGAAGGCCGAGAAGGAUCUCAAGUCCUAUAAACAGCAACAACGAUACCGCACAACAUACAAGAACAACAUCCAAGAAACAAUUAAAGCAAAUCAUCGAGAAAGCCUGAAGGAUGACGAUCUUCUUGCAUUUGAGAGACUGUGUCGUGGCGAGAAACUGAACGAGCACCCCAGUGAGUUGCUGAGUUGUUUCUAUAAAACAGACCAUCCAGUCUUAARGCUAAAACCUGCCAAAAUUGAAGUGGUCAGCGUCGAACCAGAUAUCCAAAUACUUCACGAGGCAGUGAAGGACAAGGAAAUACAAGAAAUUAUUAAGAAAGCCAAGCCAAAGCUUCAUAGGGCUUUUGUCACAAAUGUUACUAACGGCGAACAGAUUCACUCUGACUACAGAAUAAGUCGAAGCUCAUGGCUAAAAGAGAACGARUCCAAAGUAUUAAAAACUUUAAAUACAAGACUGGAUGCUUUAACUGGACUGUUUGUUGGUGACGAUCACUCGGAAUUCUUACAAGUGGUUAACUAUGGUGUUGGAGGUCAUUAUGAACCACACCACGACUACCUCUCAAUCUUCACGAAUCCUUCACUUGACGAGGGUCAAGGUGAUCGCAUGGCMACAGUAUUAUUUUAUCUAAGUGACGUCACAGCAGGGGGAGCAACGGURUUUCUAGACCCCGAAGUUGUCGUCRAACCUAAAAAGGGCGAUGCAAUAUUCUGGUACAACCUAAUGAGGAAUGGACAGCCAGAUACAAGAACGUCCCACGGCGCAUGUCCAGUUAUUGUUGGAUCAAAAUGGGUUGCUAAUAAAUGGAUACUAGAAAGAGGACAAGACGUGAGAAAACCGUGUACACUCAACGAGGACGAAUAAAGCCACAGACUUCAAACAAUGUCAUAUCAAAGACCUGGACAACUUCACAAGGACGUAACACGACUGGAAGGAAGUCARACUUGACAAGAGAUGUGCAGGGACGCCAUUUUGUGCGGUAAAGCAUAAAGGGUGGUGUAGUCCUUACGUUUAUAUAUUUUUUUAAAACAGUCACUGAAACGACAGUGUAGGAAUGGCAAAAAUUUUCGCAUCUUCGAAAAUAAACACGGAAACAGAUUUCAGAUUUUGUGGAGUGCUUCAACGGGUAUUAGAAACGUGAGGGCCGUUUUUAAGGCCAUGCAUUGCUGGAUAAAAUUGCGUCGUUCCGUGUAUUUUUAGGUCCUUUAAGAUGGGCAUUUUUGUUUUUCAUUUUCAAAGGAUUUCUUAUUAGGAUUCAUACCAUCAACAAAGUCGCCCAUCUAAAGCGGAGAACAGAGAUCAGAAGCUUUUCAGUAAACAUCUUCCUACAAUAGAGACAUAAUUAAUUCAAAAUGGCGGCCGACUGAACAAUAUUGUCUUUUGAUAAGAAAAAUCUUAUUAAUAAAAGCAAAGACACAAAAAUAGCAACUUAAUAAUAUUUAUUACCAGUACUUGAUUGCUUUAUAUUAGAAAUGAGUUGAAAAAUUCUCUUCAAGCUGAUGAACUCGUAGGCCUGAUWACUACAUACGGGACUUUAGAAAACGAUAAAAAUAUGAUUGACCAAGAGGGUCUGGAAACUACUUUCUUUUGAUGAAAUUGGGAUAAUAAAUUAAUUUAUAAUUUGAUCAAA